GAGAAAGGGAGAGAGUAGAAAAAACAGCAACAAGAAGUUGCACAAUUGUUUGCACACACACACAUAAACGACAACUAAAACAGUUAUACAAAUGUCAGUCGCCAUAUUGCAGAUACUAACGCCUUUUGACUUUUUAACUCGUGAAAAAAGUGAAGAAAAUUUAAGAAAAUAUUAAGAAAGUAAUAGAAAAAAUUAAAUAAACUAUUAUUAAAUAACUAAAAAAGAAAUAAAAGUAAAUCAUUUUAAGUAACUUGAACAAGAAUAAGUUUAGCAGAGUAUAUUGGUGAGCUAUGAGUGUGGUAAUGCUGAUGAUGAUGCAUUGUUUGUCCAGGUGAAUGAAUCAUGAAUAGCAGCCAACCAACGCACCACUUUAAAGUUGGUCAAACUGUGCAAAUAGCUGGCAAACAUUUAGAAGGACGCAUUGCUUUUAUAGGCAAUACUAGCUUUGCUCCUGGCAAAUGGAUUGGUGUCGUAUUAAACGAAGAACGUGGUAAAAAUAAUGGCAGCGUUAAGGGUGUUAAUUAUUUCAAGUGUCCAGCCAAUUACGGCAUCUUUGUAAGACCCACACAACUGAUAAUGAAGAAAUCUAAUGUUAUAGAGGAAACUAAUGUUAAUAGAAGAAUGGAGGAAACUGGAAAACCGACUAAAGAAGUGGCCACCAAGAAGAAUACGACGGCGGUGGUGGCAACAAAAGUGCAAACGGCGGAGGGGAUGGCUGCUGCGGCGGCCAACUUAAAGAAGAUAACUAAACAGCCCACGGCUACCAAUCUACUCAAGACUACUAAGAUAAAUCAACCCAAAGAGGUGACACCCUUGCAACCCAGCACUAGUCAAGUGUCCUUGGUGCAAACCGUGGUGCCAGGCCCUUGUCGCACUCUAAGGCCGCCACCGGCUUUAGCACCCAAACGCAGUAAAACCUCCAUGAGUCCCUCGGAAACAUUUUGUUGUGCCAAACGUAGCUCAUUUGUUGAAACCGGUUUUCUAGAGAUUUUAAGACCACAAUUUACACCGGGACAACCAUUACGCUCGCCUACCUUUAGCACCAUGAUGUUAAAUUCUAGCUCCAGUAAUUUACAGGAUCUCAAGCAGCAAAAUAAACAAUUGGAGGCCAGAAUUGUGGAGUUAAAUAAGGAAAUUGAGGUCUUAAAAUCUCAAAAAACCGAAGAUAUACGAAAACUACAAGACAUGGAACGUUUGCGUUUACAAAAUGAACAAUUAAUGGAGUUCAAGGUGCGUAUUAUGGAUCAGCAGACGGGUUUGCAAAGAGAACUGCAACGUUUGAGACAGGAGUUGAGAGAGGUAAAUGAGGCUAAGGCCAAGUAUCAGCGAGAGUUAGAUGAGGCGGCCGAGAAUAUAGAACUAUUAACGUUGGACAAAGAAAUGGCCGAGGAAAAGGCUGAAACCUUGCAGCUGGAAUUGGAAAUGUGUCAAGAGCAAAAUGAGGAAUUGGCUUUGGAUGUGGAGAUCUUGAAAGCGGAAAAUGAACGCAUGUUAUUGGGCUCUGCUAAUAAUCUGAUUAACAAAGAAGAAAUCAACAAUUCAGUGGGUGAGAUACGCAAACUGGAGCAAUACAAUCAACGUUUAAGGGAGACUGUCAUCAAACUAAGAGAUGUCUUAACUUUAGAGAAACAACAGUCGUUGAAAGCCUUUAAAGAGUUGGAAACUAAUUCCUCGGAAAUAUUAGAGUUGCGCAAAACGAAAGAACUCUUAACACAACGCUGUGAUGUUAUGGAGACUCAUAUUCUAGAUCUGAGAGAACAAGUAGAUGCUGCCUUGGGUGCCGAAACCAUGGUGUCCAAUUUAGCUAAUGCUAAGCUAGAGUUAGAGGAAAGAGUACGCUUGCUAGAAGAGGAGGUUAACGAGCUGGAGGCUUUAGAGGAGAUACAUGAACAAUUGAUCGAAAGUAAUCAGGAUUUGGAGCGUGAUCUAAGAGAAGAAAUAGAAAUGUUAAAUACCAAUAUAAGGACACUACAACAGGAAAAGGAUACUGCCUUGGAAACGGUAUAUGAAAGAGAUUGUACUAUUAUGAAAUUUCGGGCAUUAGUGAAAACCCUUAAUGAAAGGGAACAGCUAAGAGAACAGGUUAAUUUGACUACACAAGCCUCGACCACAGCCACGGUUUCCACCUCGGAAGAGUUGAAUAGUAUCUCUUCUAAUCCGGAGUUUAUGCCGGGAGUAGAUUUCCAACAGGUAUUCGCCUCCACUAAAGCUUAUGGCAGGGCUUUAGAGUUACAACUCUCGUCGGUGGAUUUGAAAAUGUUGCAGUUGCAAAUCGAGUAUUUGAAAGCUUUCCUACCCGAGGAAUUGCUGUUGAGAGGGGCGGCCUAUGAUGUUAUCCUGAUUUUGAUUAUCCUACAGAGAUGCAUGGAGAAAAUCGAUAUUGUGUGCUCGGGUAUCCAUGAGAAAUUCCCGGCUUCUUGUGAAUUUGGUCGGGAUGCCAUAUUUGAAGGUUAUUCAGUCCAUCGCUUUGCCUUUCGUACACGUUGCUUGUAUCUUUUGCGUUCUCUUAAGAUGAUUCUGCUGCAAUUGGAGUUCGCCUUGAAUCACUGUGACUAUGAGAUUUGCACUCAUGCCGCCAUCUAUCGAGGGGAAAUGGAAACGCAAGAGAAACAUCUAGAUGAAGUUUUAAAAUUGCUUAAGAAAGGUUUACUCGAUGAGAACUCUCCGGUUGAGGGCUUGGAGCGUGCCGCCAGUUUCUUUAAUACUUUGCUUAACAAUCUCUUUGCUUCGCAAAAUCUCGGUGAGCUAUUGGAUGAACAGAAACUGUAUGUUAGUCUUAUAGAGGUCUAUGAUGUGGCCUUGGAUUGUGUUAAUACGCAUGCGGGUUUGUUGUACACUAUUAUCCAACUAGGAGAUGAGCACACGGAUUCCUUUUGCAGCAUGCAGUUUCUUAUGGAACAUGCGCGCUCCUUUAAAAUGCAGCUUAAACAGUUACAGCGCAAAUUGCCCACCAAAUCGGUUAGCUACAGCACUCUUCAAUGGCCUCAAUUGCAAAGGCUUCACGAACGCAAUGAUCAUUUGGGCAAACUUAUCGAAUUGCUUUCCUCUACGGCGCGUGAAGCGACCAAAGACAUUGCCAAUUCCUCGAAAACUGAGAAUACCAAUGAAAUAGCCAUUGACCAUGAACGUUUGUGGCGUAUUGUAAAUUUGAAUUGCAAUAAAUUGGCUCCCGAAGCUUUUCAGCGUUCGCCCGUAGAGUUCUUCCACAACUCGGUCCUAAUACUCCAAGAACAACUCGAUGAAUUCCAACAAUUUAUCAAAGAAAGUGAACAGGCUUUAACCAUUAAUCUCAACACUCUUUAUGUGCGUUCCAAUGAGGUCACCAUCCUACAGCAGGCUAAGGAAAUGAAGAAACAUUACGAUGAAACCAAACUCUUGCAACAUCAACUUUCCGAAAGGGAAAAAGAUAUCAAAACGCUUAAAUUUAAAGCAAAAUUAAAAGACAACGACUUUUCCGAAUUGCAAAUAAGACGUGACAUGGCCGAGAAGAAUCUGCAAAAGCAACAGCAAGAACACGAACAACUAUUGCAAUUGGUAUCGGAAAAAAUGGAAGAACUACUCGAGGGUCUUCAACAGCAACAAAUCAAAUUUUUAACAUCACUACAGAACAACAACGACAAGCUUUUACAGCUCGAGAAAGCUCAAGAAAAUCUUAAACUAUGUUUAGCUUCCAAUAAUCAAACUCUAAGCUCCUGUUCGCAUGAGGCUCUCAAAGAGAUCGAAAGUUUAACGCAAUGCAUACGCUAUCAUCGUCAGGAGAAUAUAACGUUACAAUCAAAAUAUUUAAAAACAGAAUUUCUUAAACUAGAUCCCCUCCAUGUACCCCAAAGGGUUUCACAAUCACCCCAAGAACUUAAGACCCUUAGCAAAGAUUUGCAACACUUAAAGAAAACUUGGCUUUUAGGUUAUAUCGCUCUGCCUCAGAGUCCCUCAAAAAACGAAGUCGAGCAAAAUGCUCAACAGCUGACGCAACACAUCUUAUCUCUCUAUUAUCGUACACAUCCACAUCGACAGAUUCUAAGCGAUUUCGGACAAUUUGGUACAUCUGAAGUUAAGGAAUUAUUUAAAUAGUUCCAAACGGUUUUCUACGCAAAAUAGUUUAAAUUACAUUUUGAUGAUAAAAAGAAAAACAUGAUAGUAGUUAUUUAAUAAUUAUAUGAUAAUAAUCUUUAAAACAAAUAGUUAAUAAUUAUUUCUACUUAAUCUUUACAGAAAUAAUAGAUGUUUAAAACUUAAACUUGUUCAAUCUACAACUAUUCCAAGUCGAACUGUCUUCCUAAGAAGGACAUCACAAAACUAACUUUCAAAGAAGUCGAUUUUAUAAAAAGAAAACGAUCCAAACUAUAGUUCCAAAGAAGAUUAUUAAGAAGACACUUUUCAGACAAGAGCUAACUUCGCCAAGAAGACACUUUUCUAAAACCAAAUUUACAUCAAAGAAGAUACUUUUCUAUCUUAAAACUGACAUCUUGAAACGACCCAAACUAAGGUUCCAAAGAAGAUUAUUAAGAAGACACUUUUCAAAACGAAAUCUUACUUUCCCAAGAACACACUUUUCUAAAACAAAGUUUACAUCGAAGAAGACACUUUUCUAUCUUAAAACUGACAUCGCCAAGAAGACAAUUUCAAAAUAGAAACUAUCUUCCAAAAUGAAGAAAGUUUUCUAAACAGAAAUCUUUUUCAAGAUUACAUUUCCAUGCACAAAACUGUAUUCUUCCACAAGACAGUUUUCUAUAAGAAAACAAUCUACACAAUAAACUGUCUCCCUAAGAAGACACGUUUUUAUAAGAAAACCAUCUUCCUAAGAAGGCACUCCCUUCUAAGAAAACAGUUUAAAACAGUUUUCUUAAAGAAAAGUUACUUCUAAAGUCAUUUUUCGUAUAGAAAAGUGUCUUUUCAAGACAGUUUCCUUAUAGAAAAGUAACUUCUAAAGACAGUUUCGUAUAGAAAAGUAACUUCUAAAGGCAGUUUUCUAAUUAAAAAGUUUUAAAACAGUUUUCUUAAAGAAAAGUUACUUCUAAAGACAUUUUCGUAUAAAAAAGUGUCUUCUUAAGACAGUUUCUGUAUAGAAAAGUAACUACUAAAGACAGUUUCCGUAUAGAAAAGUACCUUCUAAAGACAGUUUUCUAAUUAAAAAGUUUCUUCUUAUAACAGUUUUCUUAAAGAAAAGUUACUUUUUACGACACUUUUCGUAUAGAAAAGUGUCUUCUUAAUACAGUUUCCAUAUAGAAAAGUAACUUCUAAAGAAAGUUUCCGUAUAGAAAAGUAACUUCUAAAGACAGCUUUGUCUUCUUAUAACAGUUUUCUUAAAGAAAAGUUACUUCUAAGGACAGUUUCUGUAUUGAAAAGUUACUUCUAAAGACAGUUUCUGUAUAGAAAAGUGUCUUCUUGAGACAGUUUUCGUAUAGAAAAGUGUCUUGUUAAGACAGUUUUCGUAUAGAAAAGUGUCUUGUUAAGACAGUUUUCGUAUAGAAAAGUGUCUUGU